AAGAAUUUGUCUGUAUCUUUCUGGAAUUCCUAUUGGAUGCUGCCCUCUGAUGUUUGUGGAAUGAACUGCUUUUGGGAAGCUGCUUUUAGAUAUGAUUAUAUGAAGACACAUCCUUCUGAGAAGAUGCAUCUAGCAGUGGUUGCCUGUGGUGAAAGGCUGGAGGAGACUGUUACUAUGUUGAGAUCAGCCAUUAUUUUCAGCAUCAAACCUCUCCAGUUUCAUAUUUUUGCUGAGGACCAGUUGCAUGAGAGAUUCAAAGACAUACUUGAUGACUUCCCCUAUGAAGGAAAAGUUAAUUACACAUUAUAUCCAAUAACAUUUCCAACUGAGAGUGCAGCAGAAUGGAAGAAAUUAUUUAAGCCAUGUGCUUCACAAAGGCUAUUCUUGCCAUUAAUCCUCAAAAAUGUGGAUUCGCUACUGUAUGUUGAUACUGACAUCCUGUUUUUGAGACCUGUUGAUGAUAUUUGGUCUUUCCUGGGAAAGUUCAACUCCACACAAAUUGCUGCAAUGGCACCGGAACAUGAAGAACCUCGUAUCGGGUGGUAUAAUCGCUUUGCUAGACAUCCCUACUAUGGAGUAACUGGAAUAAAUUCUGGAGUCAUGUUAAUGAAUAUGACACGUAUCAGAAGGAAGUAUUUCAAGAAUGAUAUGACACCAGUCCGGUUACAGUGGGGAGAAAUUCUUAUGCCACUGCUGAAGAAAUACAAGUUGAACAUAACCUGGGGUGAUCAGGACCUAUUAAACAUUAUGUUUUUCCACAAUCCAGAAAGUCUUUAUGUCUUCCCUUGCCAAUGGAAUUAUCGCCCUGACCACUGCAUCUAUGGAAGCAAUUGUAAGGAAGCCGAAGAAGAGGGUAUAUUUAUUCUUCAUGGAAACAGAGGUGUUUACCAUGAUGAUAAACAGCCGACUUUUAGGGCUGUCUAUGAAGCAAUAAAAAAUUAUUCAUUUGGAGAUGAUCUGGUUCAUUCCCUGUUGCAGCCCCUAGAACUGGAAUUACGGAAAACCGUGCAUACAUACUGUGGAAGAGUAUACAAAGUGUUCAUAAAGCAGCUGACAAAAAGCAUAAGAGACUUCUAUGCCAGAAGAUCAAAGGGAAGGUGAUUUUACUUCAAGCUGUUAAAUCAAGAGACUGAAUUAACGUACUUCUCAAAAGGUGCAAAAAUUCUAAUAUGGCUUGAAUUGGCUCUCGCUGUGUCCAGAUAAAAGUUUACUAGCAUACAUAAAAAUGAAGAAAAUAUUCUUGUAAUGAAGAACAGGAACUUUUUUCUGCAAAGGUGACUUUUUGCUCUUUUGAAGUUUAAUCACUGCUAAUGUUUAUCUUUGAUACAAUGAUUUAGGUGUUACUGGCUUCCACGGUCAAUUUUAGUCUAUAAUUCAGUUACCUAAUGAUCAAAUGAACGAAGAAGAAAUGAAGAUGGUUCUAUUUGGGAGUGUACCUCAUUGCCUAAAAUUCUGCUAAACUGUGAAUGUAGCAAUAACUGAGGCAGCAGCACUAACCUCACUUUAAAGGUGUAAGCCUUUAUGUAAACAAAAUUGUUUACAAGUGCAGAAAACACUCUUUUCAAAGAAAUGUGAUAUAAUAAUUGACAAUCUGUGUGUGCCUUUAUGUAUUCAUCUCUUACAUGUUGAAGUACUGUUUUGACAAUCGUGUCGCAUAUAUUAGACGUAAACUGCACACUAUAAAUACGAUUUUCUGAGAAAUGAAUACCAGUAUGUAAUACUAGUUUUCUCUGUCUGUAGAUGCAGA